CUGCUCCAUUUCUACAUCCACCUCCUCCUGAGAUGACUCGGGCAGGCUUCGCGACUCCCCGGGGUUCUCUGCGGCGUGCUGCGAAUGUGGAUCCGCGCGAUCUUCUUGAGCGUCCUCCAGUCGCCUCGACUCAUCAACAUCAGCAGUUUCUUCAUUGUCCUCCACGCCACCGCGAGCCGGCUCCUCCACCAUCUUCACGCCCACUUCCUCUCGCGCUGGCUCAACGACCGCGGCCGGACCUCCCGACUCCUCGCUAGCGUCCUCCCACCGUGGACGCUUCCGACUUUCCUCGUCACCGUCGAAGUCGCCCGGCGUCGCGCUCGCACCAGCAGCGUCACUGCUGCCAUCCACAGGUAAGUCUGGCUCGUCUUCCGACUCCGGCG